AUCUCGUCUGUUUCACCUGCAAAUUUCACCUGAACAUGAGCGUUUCUCCUCCUGCCGUCUACCUCAGCUUCUCUGACUCUGAUUCUGGGUCGGGCACUACCACUCCAUCAUCUAUCGAGUUUUCAACGCCUACACAUUGUUUUCUACCGCCCCAAUGUGCCGAUCCCGCCUUUCUGAAAGACUUCGCAUCCACCCUGGAAAGGGGUGCUGGCGAUAAAGUCGUCCUUUCUUUACAGAAUAGCGGUCUUCACCAAAGCUUUGACGAUAUGAAAGCUGUGAUUUCGCAUGCUAUUACUACACUAGCCAAGGUUGUCGCUGGUGGCUCAGAUGAGCAAGCAUUUACCCUUGAUCAACGAUGGAGCAAAGUUUCGAGGGAACUUGAGGGGAAGUCAUUCUCAUACUUUACGGACUCCUCGAUGUGUGAAGACCAGGUUGCUUUAGAUGAGGUAACAUCUGCACAUGAUUUUAAAGCGCAAGAGUACACCCCUGCAGAAGCGCUUCGCUUAUUUUCUUUCUCGUCCUUCCGCUCUAUUUAUUCCGUUACCACCUCUUGUGGUAGUUACACUCUACAUUG